UCAACGUUGUUUUUGGUUAGCGCGUUGCACACACGUGGUGAUUGUUAUUCAAUUUUAAUUAUAAAUUAAGUGCAGAUACGUUGAUUUAAAGUGCUAAAUAUGAAGAAAGUGAAAAAAAGUCUUAGGGCCCCUGAGCCUGAGCCGUCAGAUUCAGAGGAUGAUCUAAAUCCAGAAAGUCAUAAAAAGUCACUGGAAAAUAUGAAAAAGACCGACCCUGAUUUCUAUUCCUUUUUGGAAGAGAAUGAUGAGGAUUUGCUCAACUUUGAUGUGGAGUCUGAAAACGAUGCCUCUGAUGUUGAGAAUGAAGAUGACGAAUCUAUACACAAGCCUGCUCCACUGCAGGGGGACAGUGAUGAAAGUGAUUAUGAGGAUGAAAGUGCUAAGCCUGUAAAAGGAAAAAUUACUUUAAAAAUGGUUCAACAAUGGCAAUCUGAACUUCAAAGUGAAGGCAAAAUUAAACUGGCUUCACUUACUAAUGUUAUAAAGGCUUUCAACGCUGCUAUGUUGAGGGUCACCAGUGAAGAUGGUACUUCUGACGGUGAAUACAAGGUUGAAGGCUCAUCUGUUUUCAAUGCUGUAAUACAGAUGUGUGUCCUGUAUUUACCUUCUGCCAUCAAAAAGUACUUGGGCCUUGAACAAUCAGGGAAAGACCCACAGAAAUGCAAACACUUUGUUAAGCUUAAAGGACCCCUGCUAGCCUAUUUAAAUGACUUACUGAAGUUACUGGGUGGGGUCACUUCUGAGAAUAUUCUUACUGUCCUAUUGAAGCACUUACAUCAAAUGUCCAUCUAUGUGGCAUGCUUUAAUAGAAUAUCUAAACAAGCUCUCAAGAAAUUGAUUAUACUGUGGAGUACUGGUGAAGAAACAGUGAGAGUAUUGGCUUUUCUGUGCAUACUCAGAAUCACUAGAAACCAACAAAGUAACUUGCUCGAUCUGGUCCUAAAAGCGAUGUAUAUGACAUAUGUGAAGAACUGCAAGUUUGUAAGCCCAUCCACAUGGCCAGGAAUCAACUUCAUGAGAAGAUCUUUGGUGGAGAUGUUUACUUUGGAUUUGAAUGUUUCAUAUCAACAUGUAUUUCUGUACAUCAGACAACUGGCGAUACAUUUGAGAAAUGCAAUUGUUGUACAGAAAAUUGAAAACAGACAAGCAGUUUAUAACUGGCAAUUCAUCAAUUCUGUUCACUUGUGGGCAGAUUUGUUAGCUUCAACAUCAAAUAAACCUCAAUUGCAGCCCUUGGUAUAUCCUCUUGUAAUGGUCAUAACAAACACCAUCAAGCUCGUGCCCACACACCAAUAUUAUCCUUUGAGAUUCCAUUGUGUUGACAUCUUGAUUAAUUUAUCCAAAGAGUCUAACACAUUCAUACCAAUAUUACCAUUCCUUGUAGAGGUUUUAACAGCCUAUGACUUCAAUAAGAAACACAAAAAAGCCUCAAUGAAACCAUUGGACUUUUCUUGCAUUUUGAGACUGGCAAAAUCACAGCUCACAGAGAAUGGAUUUAAAGAUUCUGUGAUAGAGCGACUUUAUGCUCUUUUAUUAGAAUACACUGCAAAUGAAUCACAUUCAAUUGCCUUCCCAGAUAUCAUGCUGCUUGCUAUUGUUCAGAUUAAACAAUUUCUGAAGACAUGCUCUGUCUCCAACUAUACAAAGAAAAUGCGACAGCUGCUAGAAAAAAUUGAAGAAAACUCAAAAUUUAUAGAGAAAGAAAGAUCCAAAGUGACUUUUUCCCUAAAUGAUAAUAAAAUGAUUACAGCAUGGGAAUCAAGCAUUCGAACUAAAGGUACUCCUCUAUUAACAUUCUUUGAGAGCUGGAACAAGGUAAACAAGAUUCAAAAACGCAAAAAGAUCACUAAGAAUGAUGAGCUAGCUGGAGAGCUACCAGUUAUAAAGAGACCUAAAAUAUCUGAGGAACAAGUAAGUAAAGUAAGGAAAGAAAAGAAUGGUCCAAUGGUACUGUUCCCUUCAGACAGCGAGGAUGAAAGUAACAACUUUAAAAUCGAUGAUGAGAAUGAACCACCUGCAAAGGUUAAGAAAGUCAAAAAAACUAAAACAUUAAAAAAGAAGAAACUUGACAGGAAAGUUAGUAUGGAUGAUGAAGAGGACAGCUUUGUUAAUAAAGAUGAUAUUGUUCAAGAUUUUAGUGUUACUGAUUGGUAA